AUGCCGGUGACAGGGGUCAAGGUCGCGGUGCGCGUCCGGCCGUUCAACGCGCGCGAGAAGAGGGAGGCGGCGCGGCUCUGCGUCGACAUGCCGGGCGGGGGGAAGGUCGUCCUCCGGGACGCAGACGCGAAGAAGCCCGACGCGGCGUUCGUCUACGACCACGCGUACUGGUCCCACGACGCGAGCCGCCCGUGCGCGACCCAGGACACGGUCUACGCAGACAUCGGGCCGAGCGUCCUCGACAACGCGUUCGAGGGCUACAACUACACGCUCUUCGCGUACGGCCAGACGGGCUCCGGGAAGUCGUACUCGAUGAUGGGCGCGCCCGCGAGCGAGGCCGACGCAGGGAUCAUCCCGCGGGUCGGGCGCGAGCUCUUCCGCCGCGCCGCCGCCUCGCCCGCCGAGACGCAGGUCUCCGUCUCGUUCCUCGAGAUCUACAACGAGCGGCUCCGGGACCUCCUCGUCCCCGCCGCGGGCGCCCAGGAGCUCCGGAUCCGCCAGGACCCCGCGGCGGGCGUCUUCGUCCAGAACCUCAGCCACCACGCGGUCGCCGACUACGACGCGAUCCAGCGCCUGAUCGAGCUCGGGGACCGGAACCGGACGGUCGCGGCGACGAACAUGAACGCGACGAGCUCGCGCUCGCACUCCGUCUUCGCGAUCGAGGUCGUCCAGACGGCGGUCCUCCGGAACGACGCGGGCGAGGAGGUCGGGCGCCACGUCAAGCGCGCCCGGGUGAGCCUCGUCGACCUCGCGGGGUCCGAGCGCCAGGGCAAGACGGGCGCGACGGGCGACCGCCUGACGGAGGGCAUCAGCAUCAACAAGUCCCUGACGACCCUCGGGCGCGUCAUCGAGGCGCUCGCGUACAACACGACCGCGGAGGGCCGCCGGAAGCCCCAGCACGUCCCGUACCGCGACUCCCAGCUGACGUACCUCCUCCAGCCCGCGCUCGGGGGCAACUCGAUGACGUGCAUGAUCGCCGCGAUCUCGCCUGCGUCGACGAACUACGACGAGAGCCUCUCGACCCUCCGCUACGCAGACCGCGCCCACCAGAUCGAGAACACCGUCACGAAGAACGAGUCUGCCCAGGAGAAGUACAUCCGCGAGCUCGAGGACCGCGUCAAGGAGCUCGAGGCCCUCCUCGCCGGGGGCGCCCCCGCCGGGGACGCAGGUGCUGUAGAACCAGGCCUGUCUGAUGCUGAGCGCUUAGAAUUAGAAGCAAAGAUAGCCGAGUAUGACAGACUUCUUAAGGAAGGGAAUCAAUCUCUAGAGGAGAAGCUAGCCAGAGCGGAGCAGAACAGACAAGAGCUACAAGAUAAGCUCAAAAAGAUGGGCCUCGCGGCAGCUUUUGGGUCAGAAAUUACCACUCCGUAUAUAUCCAAUUUGAGCUCAAAUGCUUCUGAUAAUGGCCAGCUAAUUUAUACGUUAUGUUCUGAGAAUGAUCUUAAAGAUGCUCGUCCUGUUACUGUUGUCGUUGGUGCAGAUGAUAGUGGGCCGACAGAGUGCCAGUGCAGGAUAGCCCUUGUCAGCAAACUCGGUGUGCUUGGUGAGCACUUUAUUAUUUCCUUGACAGGCAAAGUCGUUGACUCAACCGCUAAUCCUAUCUUUCCCAAAGUCACUGAAGCCACUAUAAGGCCCCUCAGCGCGAAAGGGGCUCUCUACAUCAAUGGAAGGCAGAUAGCUGCUGGUUCUACUCACCAGCUCCGUCACGGCGACCGUAUCAAGUGCGGGUCUGCGGCCCAGUCAUCCUUCUAUCGUUACUACGAUCCUCCUGCACGUGCGGCUGCAGUCAAACAGUCUCUGGAACAGGAUUACGACUACGUAGAGCCAGAGAUAACGUAUGAUCUUGCACUACGUGAAUACACGUAUUAUCAGAGCUCUGGGAAGGACACUGCACAGAGACCUAUAGGAGAUGAUCCUGUGUCUAAGGAGAAUGUUUCCGUUACCAUGGACGAUGCAUUUGGAAUUACGCCUGGCUUAGAUAACGUGCAGACAGACAUCAAUGAAAGCUUUUAUGCAGAUUUUGGAAACGAUGAUGAGCGGACCACCUAUGAAAAGAAGGUUCACGAGGUGCUGCGUCAGCUCUAUCCAUUUAUCUGCGAGGCGAAUUCCAUAGCAGAGUACUUUUGUUAUGACAUUCGCUUUGCUGCACAAGCUCGUACAUCUAUCAGUCCGACGUCUCUACGCCAGGCUGCUCGAUGUCAGACCAUUCGCAAUAUGUCCAAAAAUCAUCCAAUGACGAAGGACUUACGAGCGGAUCAGAUUGAUGACGAUCUGAGUGGUAUACUCGUAGAGAUUUUGGUGACGGCCACGGCUGCCCCCAGCAAAACCAGGGAUCGCAAGCUUAUCAGACAGGUCUGGGCACUAGAGAAAUUUGGGCUGCGACUCUCCGGCAUGAGGCGCAUGUACGGACUUGCGAUGACUCUUGGUAAGGAAGAGGCUGUGCGCAGGGCACAUGAGAGUGCAGACAGGGAUCUAGAGGAUGAUGACGAGUUUCCUUUCGAUCUGGAGGCAGAUAUCUAUAACCAGACCCUAACUCACCUUAUCGGGGUUGGGCGUAUCCCUCUGUCGGGUCUUCUCGAGACGUGUGAGACGGAUGUCUUUUCCGUUCCGAUUUAUGACUACUCGGGUAAGGCAGCCACUAGCAUUGAUGUAUCGCUCUCACUUCUGGGCUCGGGGUAUUCACACCACGGAGCCGAGUGCCUCGCAUGUGAUGUUGCAAAUUUGGUUCAGAACGAAAGCCCUGUAACGACCAUUGCUGCUUACUUCAAGAAGGCGUACAAUGUACCCACCCAGUGCUGCAAGAAGGUUCACGCUGUGAUUCAUAUGCCAUGGUUUGUCAACCCGGACGCUGGACGUCCGAAGGGAAAACGCCUCUCCGUUUAUCAAGAAAAUGAGUUUCGCCGAAGGUUACUGGACAUGGGCUAUACCUUUCAGACAGCCUCUAGUUCAGACCUCUCGCCAAACCCUGCGCUCGACUCAACUAUUUACAUGGAUCUUAAGACGAGCUACUUUAAGCAGGACGAUGUCUUGGAAUGGCUGCGCACUAGUGGGACCGGCUUAGAGGUCAGUCUUUAUGGGUACACCUCGGCCUAUGCCGACUCCCUUGUGCCCGAGAUCAAAGACAGCGCGCUCCCCGAUCCGUCCAAGAAGAAGGUCGCUAUUGUUAGCACAAACAUCGUCAGGACCCAGACCAAGGAGGAUGGAUUCAAGGAGAUCAACGGAGAGCAAGUUCUUAUUAUAAAGAAGUUUAUUUUCGUGGAUCAGACGAAAACAGAUACUGGACACUAA